UUCUGGACAGCGCCGGGUACUGAUGCUGCUGCCCGUGUAGUCGCAUCUAUCCUUGGGCCUCCUCCCACUCAUCACUAGCUCGAGAAUCCGCAUCUCGAGCCCUUCUUCUAUGUCGCAGAAAAGUCCUGCCUCUCCGCCGCACUGCAUCGGAAUAAGGGCUCAGUGAAGAAAAUUUACUUCAGCUGAUUUUUAACUGAAAUAUCACCGACUUUGGUGGCUGUGAGUGGUGAAACCGGUGGUUUUCUGCAUUAGCGCCAAAUGAAGUUAUGUUCAUUCCAGUCGCGCGCUGUGAUGGUGAGAUGCGUCGUGUUUAGCGCACGGAACCCAGAUUUAUUCGACUAGACGGGAGAAAUUAAAAGACCAGUAUAUGAGACAUUUUUUUUUACUUUGUCUGAUAUUGAUUUGGAUUGGCUGGAGAGCAUUUGCUUGGAGCAUCAGGAUGUUUUGACGGUGCGGGAAAUUUACAAAUGGGUUACUAAAGAUUUUGCCUUCAAGUAAACCACAUCCAAGCCAAAAAAAAAAUCAAUCGCCAGAGAGCAGUUUGAAAGGAGGAUAACCAGCCUCUCAGCACAGGAUUUGAAACUAUCCUCGCUCAGGCAUCUUUCUGCACCUUCAAGGAGAAUACAUUUUAACCGAGAUGAAAGUUUUUCCUGCAGUAUUGUUUCUUAUCACAUUUUGGAGUCUGGGGUGGGAGCCUGUGCUUCCAGAUUCAAUUAUUCACAUCGGGGCCAUUUUCGAUGAAUCUGCAAAAAAGGAUGAUGAGGUGUUUCGCCUGGCGGUGGCAGAUCUCAAUCUCAACAAUGAGAUCCUGGAGACAGAGAAGAUCACCAUAUCUGUGGAGUUUGUUGAUGGGAACAACCCAUUCCAGGCAGUGCAGGAAGCUUGUGAGUUGAUGAACAGAGGUAUCCUAGCCCUGGUCAGCUCUAUCGGCUGUAUAUCCGCAGGCUCGCUGCAGUCUUUGGCUGAUGCCAUGCACAUCCCUCACCUCUUCAUCCAGAGGGCACCCACGGGUACUCCUCGCUCUAGCUGCCCGCCCACCAGUCGCGCCCAGCCAGAUGAAUACACUCUUUUUGUACGACCGCCUGUCUACCUAAAUGAUGUCAUUUUCCAAGUUGUGAUGGAGUACACCUGGCAGAAGUUCUUUAUCUUCUAUGACACUGACUAUGAUAUCCGGGGGAUACAGAACUUCCUGGACCAGACAUCUCAGCAAGGCAUGGACGUGUCUCUCCAGAAGGUGGAAUCCAAUAUUAACAUGAUGAUCACAGGAAUGUUCCGCACUAUGAGGGUGGAGGAGCUGCACCGUUACAGGGACACAUUGCGGCGUGCUGUGCUCUUCAUGAGCCCCGCCACUGCCAAGGCCUUCAUUUCUGAGGUGGUGGAAACUAAUCUGGUGGCUUUUGAUUGUCACUGGAUCAUCAUAAAUGAGGAGAUUACAGACCAGGAUGUGCAGGAGCUGGUGAUGAAGUCAAUAGGUCGACUGACCCUGGUGAGACAGACCUUCCUUCUCCCACAGAACUCCAGCCAGCGCUGUGUCAGGAACAACCACCGCAUCAACACCUCACUCUGCGACCCCAAAAACCCAAAGGCACAGCUGUUAGAGAUCACCAACCGCUACAUCUAUGACACAGUUCUGCUUCUGGCCAACACCUUCCACAGGAAGCUGGAGGACAGGAAAUGGCACAGCAUGGCGAGUCUUUCGUGUAUCCGCAAGGGCUCCAAACCGUGGCAGGGUGGAAAAUCCAUGCUGGAAACCGUGAAGAAGGGAGGAGUGAGUGGUCUCACCAGCUUGCUGGAGUUUAAUGACAACGGCACCAACCCCAAUAUCUUCUUUGAGAUCCUGGGCACCAAUUACGGAGAGGACCGCGGCCGAGGUGUCAGUAGGCUUGCAACGUGGGACCCAGUCCAUGGACUGAAUGGAACUCUGACAGAUCGGAAGCUGGAGAACAACAUGCGUGGGGUUGUCCUACGUGUGGUCACAGUACUGGAAGAACCUUUUGUGAUGGUUUCUGAAAAUGUGCUUGGGAAGCCUAAGAAGUACCAAGGCUUCUCAAUUGAUGUGCUGGAUGCUCUGGCAAACUACCUUGGCUUUAAGUAUGAGAUCUACAUAGCUCCUGAUCACAAAUAUGGCAGCCAGCAGGCAGAUGGGACUUGGAAUGGUCUUAUGGGAGAACUGGUUUUUAAGAGAGCAGAUGUGGGUCUCUCAGCCCUGACCAUCACUCCUGAGCGAGAGAGCGUGGUAGACUUCACCACUCGCUACCUGGACUACUCCGUGGGUGUGUUGAUAAAGAAAGCAGAGAGGACAGUGGAUAUGUUUGCAUGCCUAGCCCCCUUCGACCUCUCUCUGUGGGCUUGUAUAGCUGGCACAGUGCUGCUGGUGGGGACUCUGGUGUAUCUCCUUAACUGGCUUAACCCGCCCAGACUGCCAAUGGGAUCUCUCUCCUCCACCACUCUCUACAACUCCAUGUGGUUCGUCUAUGGCUCCUUCGUGCAGCAGGGUGGCGAUGUGCCCUACACAACUCUGGCCACAAGGAUGAUGAUGGGAGUUUGGUGGCUGUUUGCUCUGAUAGUCAUCUCCUCCUACACAGCAAAUCUGGCUGCCUUCCUCACCAUCUCCCGCAUAGAGAACUCUAUUCAGUCUCUGCAGGACUUGGCAAAGCAGACAGACCUGCCGUACGGCACGGUUCUAGACUCUGCCGUUUACGACCAGGUUCGCAGCAAAGGCAUGAACCCUUUCGAGAGAGACCCAAUGUACUCGCAGAUGUGGAGGAUGAUUAACCGGACAGGAGGAGCCGAAAACAAUGUGGAAGAAUCAAAAGAAGGCAUUCGCAAGGUGAAGUACGGGCGUUUUGCAUUUGUGUGGGAUGCAGCUGUGUUGGAGUAUAUGGCCAUUAAUGAUGAGGACUGCUCGCUUUACACUGUGAGCAACAAUGUGGCAGACAGGGGCUACGGCAUCGCGAUGCAGCAUGGCAGUCCCUACAGGGACAUCUUCUCACAAAGGAUUUUGGAGCUUCAGCAGAAUGGGGACAUGGACAUCCUAAAGCUGAAGUGGUGGCCACGGGACAGUCCGUGUGACCUGUAUUCUCCUGUGGGCACUCGGAAGACUGGCAGCGCUUUGGACAUCCACAGCUUUGCAGGGGUCUUCUUUGUACUAGCGGCCGGUGUGGUGCUGUCCUGUCUGAUUGCCACGGUGGAGACCUGGUGGACACGGAGGAAGGGCUCCAGAGUGCCCUCUAAGGAGGAUGAUAAGGAGAUCGACCUGGAGCACCUUCAUCACCGGGUUAACAGCUUGUGCACGGAGGAUGAGAGCCCCCAUAAACAGUUCUCCACCUCUUCAAUCGACCUGACGCCCUUGGAUAUGGACUCCCUCCCGGCUGCGCGGCAGGCCCUGGAGCAGAUCAGCGACUUCCGUAACACGCACAUCACCACCACCACAUUCAUCCCAGAGCAGAUCCAGACUCUCAGCCGCAGCCUUUCUGCCAAGGCAGCAGCCGGCUUCGCUUUUGGGGCUGUACAGGACCACCGGACUGGGGGGCCCUUCCGUCAGCGAGCCCCCAAUGGCGGCUUCUUUCGCAGCCCCGUCAAGACAAUGUCCAGCAUCCCAUAUCAGCCCACCCCAGCACCCAAUUUCAGCUAUGGCAAUGACCCGGACAGGGGCACCUCCAUAUAAACUGCAGGGGUCUUGGGCCUGUGAAAUUGAAACAAACACACAAAAGAAAUAUAUGUAAAUACAAAUGUUCAUUUUUUGUUGUCGUUUUCUCUUGGAGGCGGAAUGCAGAGUACUCACCAACGAGAUGAGGAUGGAAUAAUAUGAUCAUUAUUGUCUUUGUGGUUGUCAGGAGAUUUCAUCUGUGAACAAAAUGCCUUUUUUGCCACAUUCAAUUUUGAAGAUCUCUUUUGUGGGGAGAGCAAAAAAGAAUGCAUCCAGAUGUUUCAAUGAUGGUGACCUUUUCAUUUUGUUUGUUUAAAAAAAAAACUGUGCCAAGUGUUCCACAAAUCUGCAAUAACUCAAUUUCAAAAAAGGGUGUCAACUCGUCUACUAAAUCUUGCUUCUCGAUCGUUUCAGUGCUCAGUAAAUGUUCAGUACUCCUCUAAUGGAGGUGUUAAACAAGGCAGCCAAGACUGCACUGCUAGCAUCAAAGAAAGCAACAGGUAACCUGUGAAAAUCAGGACUGCAGCUUUUCUCUGCUGCCCCGGCAAUGCACCAGGGCCCACAGCAUGGGACUGUGCUUCUAAGGACUUCUCAUCCUCUCUGCCAGCUCCCUAAGGAUGAGAUCUACAUUCAGUCUUUAAAGGACUCUCUGUGGGAAAUAAUCACUGAACUUGAAAAUAAAAAACGUAUUAGACAGGAGGGAGAAUAAAACAAAUGCUACUCAAUGUCUCCUACUGACUUUUAAGUAUAACAAAUCUUAAAUGCGUGGAAUGUGUCUGGUCAGAGAGUUUUAACAAAAAAAAGUUCAAAGCUGUCUGUAGUUUUAGUUAUAUUUUGUUUUAUUAUUAGUUUUAAAAUGUCUUAAGUGCCAUCAUCUUAUAUUGGUUUGCAACAUUAAAUCAUCAAAUGUUUGUAUUCACUUCUGUAGCUGUACUCCAGGAUUUGGCAAAAAAAAAAACAUUCUGUAGAACAGCUUUAUUGUAUAUGACAUAAGCUUGCAGCUGUGCAUCAUAGAUUUUGGAGAUCGGAUAUUGAAAGAGUUUUUAAAUGAAUUCUUAACACAAGCCUUUGAAGAUGGGGCUUUUUUUUACUUGUCAAAAGUCAGUCCUCAACCGAAUACGACGCCAUCUGAAAAAGCUGAUACGGUGGCCACUUUUGAGGGGUUAUUUGAAAUAUAUUUCUAUUUCAUUUCAUAAAUGUUAAGGGGUAAUAUUUAUCUAACUUUUUUUAAAAGUGCUAAUUGUUUAAAGAAGGCCAUCGACAUGUGGUAACAGUUUAAAAAAAAAUAACAUUUUGAGAACAAAAAAAAACAAAUCCUUUUCACUAACAUAAACUGUAUUAAUAUUUACUAAUGUUAGUCAUUUAGAAUGAGCUUUCAGUUUGUUAUUCUCUGACUAAUUCGCAAAUGUUGUGUGUAGAGAACAGCAAGUGUUUUGACGCAAGCCUUCUAGAUGUACUUUUCUUUAGAUAUGAUUACUGAAAGACUAUAGGAGCAAUUUAUAUUUAGUAUCAGUUUAAAGGUUUUUAUUUAGGAUAAAUAUAUAUUUUACAUGCAGAUCAUUUUUGUUGGAUUAAAGAAGAUAUAGAGUAUACUGUAAUAUCUGAGCCUGUAAAGCUCAGUUAGCCACUAUCACAUUACAUUAAGUUCUUCACAGUCUCUCUGACGGUAAGGUAUUGUCAUAUGACUUCAUUUCAUUUUGAUUUCUUAAUUUAUCAAAAAGGAGGCAAGGGUUUUUCCGUAAAAAAGCAUGCAAAACUAUGCCUGUAACAGUUUUAAUUUCAUACAUAGAAUUGUACAGGAUAUCUUCAUUUUCAACUGAUUAUAAUGUACAGUAUUUAAUAUAGGCCUAUUUUGUUGUAUGUGUUGCAUAUUAUUCAAAUGGAACAAACUGAGGCCUCUGUUACAAGUGGCAAUGCUUUCUGUGUAUAAUUUGUCUAAUAAACAUGUUUUCUAC